UACAUCGCCGCCCGCCCGCAACCUCCCGCUCUUCCUCCUCGGCAUAUAAACACUCGCGCUGUCCCCUAGUUGCGUCUCCUCCAUACCGAUCUCGGGAGACACUCCCCGAGACCCCGACUCCCACAAGUCCACCGCCUUCGCUCCAUCGUUACCACUCAACACAAUUGUCAAUGGAUCUACGGAGCAAUGGCCGCCUCCUUCCCCUCUUCCUUCUCCUGCUGGCCGACUUCACGGCCGUGCAGGGGCAGCAGCAGUAUGGACAGGCGAAUUACUCCACCAACUUCACCCCGUCCAUGGCCAUCGUCAUCGUCGUGCUCAUCGCGGCCUUCUUCUUCCUCGGCUUCUUCUCCAUCUACGUCCGCCACUGCUACGGCGACGGCUCGAGCGGCUCCUCCGCGAGCCCGGCUCCCAACGGCGCCGCCGCGCGCUCGCGGCGCCAGCGCGGGCUCGACGCGGCGGUGCUCGAGACCUUCCCCACCAUGGCGUACGCCGACGUGAAGGCGCACAAGGCCGGCAAGGGCGCGCUCGAGUGCGCGGUGUGCCUCAGCGAGUUCGACGACGACGAGACGCUGCGCCUGCUGCCCAAGUGCUCCCACGUCUUCCACCCGGACUGCAUCGACACCUGGCUCGCCUCGCACGUCACCUGCCCCGUCUGCCGCGCCAACCUCGUCCCGGACCCCAACGCCCCUGCCGACGACGCGCCCGCGGAGCUGCCGGCUCCUCCUCCCGCGCAAGAGCUGCCGUCGCCCACGUCCGCGCCGGCUGCCGCGGCGGUGGUCAUUGACGUGGAGGAGACGGAGGAGCAGAGGAUCAUCAGGGAGGAGGCCGAUGAGCUGAUGCGCAUCGGCAGCGUCAAGCGCGCGCUGCGCUCCAAGUCCGGCCGCGCGCCCGCGCCGUUCCCGCGCUCGCACUCGACGGGGCACUCGCUCGCGGCGCCCGCCACCGGCGCCGCCGCCGAGAGGUUCACGCUGCGGCUGCCCGACCACGUGCUCCGGGACCUCGCCGCGGCGGGGAAGCUGCAGCGCACCAGGAGCCUCGUCGCGUUCCGCGCCAGCCGCGGGGGCAGCACGCGCCGCGGCGCCGGCGCCAGCGUCAGGACCGGCGAAGGCAGCAGCCGCGGCGGCGCGAGGAGCAUCCGGCUGGGCCAGUCCGGGCGGUGGCCGUCGUUCCUGGUGCGGACGUUCUCCGCGCGGCUCCCCGCGUGGGGGUCGCGGUCGACGCGGAGGGGCGCCGAGGCCGACGGGUCCAGCAAGGGCGGUCGGGCGGCCGGCGCCGCCGUCGCGGGCGCGAAGUCUGUGGAAUGCGACGACCAGGCGUGCGCGGCUGGGCAACGUGUUUGACGCGGCUUGCUCUGUCGUGGUCAAUCGGUGGCUGCUAGGAAACUCUCGGCGCUUUCGUCGCCGUCGUGGUGGUAGAAACAAUUUUUUGGCAGUUGAAUUUUGGACGGAAAGAGCUUGGUCGCUCCUUCUGGACGCGUGUUGUAUUCAUUUUUUUUUUACUACACAAAAAUCUUGUACAUAAAAUGGUACUUAAAAUAUAAUGGAGCGGAGAAAACCUUUGUGUCCUGUACAAA